CAUAUUCUCUUCCUGACAUCUUUACCUCUUCGACGGAGCUGGGCGUCAGUACCCAGCAAUUACCAAAACGGCUUCCUUCUUCUGGAAAAGGACGCCCGAUUCGACAUCAUCUCCAGCUUCGCAACUUCCGAAACGGAAGAGUUUCCUCGACAUGCCAACUAAGUCCUACGAUCCUCCUGCAUUAACACCACAGUUCUGCUUCAACUCUACGCUACUACGAGAUUUCCUUCGCCUCUCACGCUCAACCAUAGAUGAUUCAAUCACGCAAAACCUUAACUCCCUAUUCACGCCCGGCGAAAUGCCUUGGGAUCCGACGUCAGUGAAUUCACGGCAAAUCAACAUCCCCCCAGGGAGCAAAAGGCUGAUAGAUCCGCAAUCAUGCCGGAAUUUCAAGGAAAGGGUUCUAUUCCCUUCAUGGCAGUCAAGGUCGGAUGUCUUGAACUACUGUGCUAGCGUAGCAACAUCUCCAGACCCAGAUGAUCCUGAUCAACUGCUCCGAGAAGUUGAGAGCGAAAGACGGAGAGAAGUUGUUGUAGAUGAGAGGUUGGAUCCGUAUUCUGCCCGCUAUUUUCCACGCGAACCACGAACAGAAUAUUUGGCGGAGAAUAUACGGCGGGAAAGAGCUGUUGAGGACAUAAUACGUAGCCGGACGUGGCAGCUUGUGAGCGAAAGAUGUACUGGCACAGAACAAAGUUGGCAACAAGAACUUGAUGAGUGGAGAAAACGUAGAGAGGAGAGGAGGUGACAAUGGCGUCUGUGUCAACUGUAUAUACAACUUCAAAAAAAAUGGAAACGCGCCUCUCUCAAUUAUACAGAUUCUGCUCUCUCCGACAUACUUGACCGGCUAUACGCUCAUAUACUGAC